CCUGCAGUGUUUGUACUGUGAAAAAAUCUUCCGUGACAAAUCUACACUGAAGGACCAUAUGAGGAAGAAAGCUCACCGUCGCAUCAAUGCCAACAACCAUGAAUACGACCGCUUUUAUGUGAUCAACUAUCUGGAACUGGGAAAAACCUGGGAGGAGGUUCAGAGUGAGGACGACCGGGAGCUGGUAGAUGUUGAAGAUGAUGACUGGUCCGACUGGCAUGCCCAUCCUGUCUCUGCCGUUUGUCUCUUUUGUGACCAUCAGUCAGAGACAAUGGAUCAGAUUUAUACACACAUGAAGGACUCCCAUGGUUUUGAUCUUCAUAACUUAAAGAUGGAGCUCAACCUCAACUUCUACCAGCAGGUGAAGCUGGUCAACUUUAUCCGGCGGCAAAUCCACCAGAGCCAUUGCUAUGGCUGCCAGAAGAAGUUUGAUUCCAGAGCAGACAUGAUGGACCACAUCAUUUCUGAAGGGCAUGUGAUGAAACUGCCAGAGAUGUCCACCUGGGACCAACCACAAUAUUAUUUCCCAACAUAUGAGAAUGAUGCCCUCCUGUGUACACUGUCUGACAGCAAUGACGAUGAAGACAAUGAGCCGUGUCACAAUGAGGACAUACCUGUAAUUGCAGAGGACAUAUCUGACUUGAGGGUUCUGAAACAGAACAGCGUCCUCAACCAACUCCUGAAGAACAGAGGCCGUUUCAGAAAAGACGAUGCAUAGACUUGUGUUUUGUUUUUUUCUGAAGUGUCUAUUUUGGAUAAACUUAUGCUUGAGCUCAUUAUGAUACCUGGACAAAUGGCAACAUAAUUAUCUUCUAUCAAAACUGAUUUUUCAUCGGUAGCAUACUGUAUGGUUUGUUCAAUACUGCUUUGAUACCCAUUAAAAUGUGUGCACAAGCACCACAUUCUUUCAGUG